AUGGCGUCCUCCAAUGCGCUCAGCAAGCAGCCGCCGAUCCAGUCCACGGCCGGGGCCGUCCCUGUCCGCAAUGAGAAAGGUGAAAUUUCGAUGGAGAAGGUAAAGGUAAAAAGAUAUGUCUCUGGUAAAAGACCUGACUAUGCACCCAUGGAAUCCUCUGAUGAGGAAGAUGAGGAGUUCCAGUUCAUAAAAAAAGGGAAGGAGCAGGAGGUAGAACCGGAGGAACAGCCAGAAGAAAGCACCAGUGAUCCACGUCUGCGCCGGUUACAGAACCGCAUGAAUGAGGAUGUAGAAGAGAGGUUGGCCAGACACCGUAAGAUCGUGGAACCAGAAGUGGUGGGUGAAAGUGAGCCAGAAUCUGAACCCGGAGAGGAAUGGCGAGUUGACAGAGAGGACACCACUGAGGAGGAGGAAGAGGAGGUGGAUGAUGAGGAAAUUGAGCGUCGGCGUUCUAUGAUGCGGUUAAAAGCCCAGGAAAGGAAAAAUGAAGAAAUGGAAGUGUUGGAGGUAGAGGAUGAAUGGAAGUCUGAGGAAGAGAUGGUAUCUGAAUAUGAAGAAUACACAGAUAGUGAAGAUGAACCGGAACCAAAACUUAAACCAGUAUACAUUAGGAAGAAGGAUAGAGUAACCGUUCAAGAAAGAGAAGCUGAAGCCCAGAAACAGAAGGAGUUGGAGGUUGAAGCUAAGCGGAUGGCAGAGGAAAGACGUAAAUACACCUUAAAGAUUGUAGAGGAGGAGACAAAGAAAGAAAUAGAGGAGAACAAGAGGACUCUGGCAGCUCUGGAUGCCCUGAACACAGAUGAUGAGAAUGAUGAGGAAGAAUAUGAAGCCUGGAAGGUUCGAGAACUGAAACGCAUUAAACGUGAUCGUGAAGAAAGAGAAGCAAUGGAGAAAGAGAAGGCAGAAAUAGAACGCAUGCGUAACAUGACUGAAGAGGAGCGCCGCGCUGAACUUCGUGCCAAUGGCAAGAUAAUAACCAACAAAGCACUAAAAGGAAAAUACAAAUUCUUACAGAAAUACUACCACAGAGGAGUUUCUUCAUGGAUGAAGAUGAAGAUGUAUAUAAGAGAGACUUCAGUGCUCCCACGUUGGAAGACCACUUCAAUAAAACUAUCCUACCCAAAGUCAUGCAGGUCAAAAACUUUGGCGUUCUGGUAGAACAAAAUACACUCACUUGGUGGAUCAAGACACAACGUCAUUUGAUUCUGCGUGGGGCCAGGAGAGCGCCCAGAAUACAAAGUUCUUCAAGCAGAAGGCGGCUGGUGUGAGGGAUGUGUUCGAGAGACCUUCUGUAAAGAAAAGGAAAAGCUUAG